CGAAUCGACUGACUUCAGUCUAGCAGAAUUUUGGAGCAGCGAAGGUUUUGAGCAUACACAGCAGGAUUGUGACAACCACAAGCAGGCAGUCAGGCAGGCAUGGGUUCUGAACACGAGGCGCUGUUGAACUAUGAUUCAACCGUGCAGUAUGAGAACGUGGAGGCGGCACAGCCUGCCCAUCCUCACGGCGGCAAGAAAGGCACAACAUGGUUCUCCAGUGCCAGCAUCAUUGUGGCAAACAUGCUUGGUGCAGGUGUGCUGGGCCUGCCAUAUGCAUGUGCCAAGAUGGGCUGGAUUGGCUCUAUCAUCACCUUGGUCCUCAUCACCCUUUACAGCGUUUACGGCGGUCUGAUCCUUGGAUGGCUGCGGGGCGGCGACGACCACAUUGUCAACUAUGGUCAGUUGGCAGAGAAGGUGGCCAAGGUCUCCAACAGCGGCAGCUUCUGGAAGUACUUUUGCCAGAUCAUCGGCUACAUCUACAUCAUUGGCUCGUGCACCAUCUACCUGACAACUUGCAAGCUGUCUCUCAUGCAGAUCUUCCAAGAGUGCGACACGAGCAACAGCACGGCCAACUCGACGCUGCCUUCGCAGUGCGGGUCAGACUCGUGCACGCACCACGGCAGCGCUGACUUUAGCGACAACGUCUGGCUCGUCAUUGCGGCCGCCAUUCUCUACCCGCUCAUCCACAUCAGGUCGCUGUCGGACACGGGCAUUGUGAGCUACAUUGGCGUGUCCACCAUCGCCGUCGUAAACUUUAUUGUCCUUGGCCGCCUCAUCUGGGAGUCAACGCAGCACCAUCAUCACAGCACCGUCUCGCAUGCCACGUCGUUGACGCCGGACAGCCUGCGUGACUUUGUGAACGGGCUGACGCAGAUGGCGUUUGCGUAUGGCGGGCACGUGCUGAUGGUUGAUAUCCAGGGUGUCAUGGAGAAGCCAAGCGAGUGGCCCAAAGCCAUCUAUCUGUCCCAGUCCUUUAUGUUUGUCAACUACGCCAUUGUCGGGUUCCUUGGGUAUUCGAUCUAUGGGGAGAGCGUGUCGAGCAUCAUUACGGCGACGCUGCCAGACACGUGGGUGCGGAUCCUGGUGAACGUGUGCCUGUUCAUCCACGUGGCUGUAGCCUACUGCAUCAACAGCACGGUGGUGACCAAGUUCUUCUUUGAGACGUUCUGGCCCGGGCUGGAGCGCAACCCGCACGUGACCAGGGCCGGCGUUGCGCUGCGGUGGGGCGUGGUGGCCACGGCCAUCAUGGGGAUUGUGUUUGUGAUUGGCGCCCUGAUUCCGUUCUUCUCGGACCUGAUGAACGUGUACAGCAGCCUGGGCAUCUUCAGCCUCAGUUUCUUCGUGCCGGUCAUCUUCUGGACGUUGAUGACCAAGGCGACCAGCUCCGGCGCGAAGGCGGCUUUCAACUCGCUGCUCAUCCUCAUUGCCGUGGCCGGCUGUGGCCUCGGCAUCUGGGCCGCCAUUGAGGACAUUGCCAACAACUGGAAGAUCUGCCACUACCACUUUUGACUCUUCAGGCAUCACAGACGCGUGAACGCUUGACCACGUCGUGCAUGCAGCGCUGCUGUUGCUGCUGUUGCUGCUGUU